AGAAUGACGUUUCCGAGUUCUCGUGUCAACACGUGUGCAGUGUCUAGCAAAAGUGAUAGCGCACCAUUGCCUGUUUAAACUUCACUUUUAAAUCGGUUGACUGUGUUCACUGAGUUUUGGCCUUUGUUAGGGGCUUUGCGGAUUAAACAGUCAACAUGGUGAAGCCACGUUUUAAGGGGAAAAGCUCGAUAAAUCCGUCGUCAUCCAGCACCAAUCCCGAUCGAAUUAAAGGUGCUGGUGGGAACAACAUGAGGGACCGAGCAACAAUCAAACGUCUGAAUAUGUACAGACAGAAGCAGAGAUGUAACAAACAUGGAAAAGUCGUCAAACCGUUGCAGUACCAGUCCACUGUGGCUCCGGGAACUGUAGCCAGAGUUGAACCAAACAUCAAAUGGUUUGCAAACACCCGUGUGAUUAAGCAGACAUCCCUCCAAAAGUUUCAGGAAGACAUGACUGCCAUACAGAAAGAUCCAUAUCGUGUGGUGAUGAGGCAAAGCAAACUGCCCAUGUCCCUCUUGCAUGAUCGAGUCAAAGCCCAUAACUCAAUGGUGCAUAUUCUAGAUACGGAGGGGUUUGAGACCACAUUUGGACCAAAGGCUCAAAGGAAGAGACCAAACAUUUCGGGUGGGGAUAUGAAGGACCUCUUGGAGCAGGCCCAGGCAUCAGCCCUGAGUUACAGUGCUGACAGAGACAAAGACUUGGUGACUGAGGAUUCAGGCGUUCGAGAAGAAGUACGUGAAGAAAUCUUCAAAAAGGGUCAGUCCAAGAGGAUUUGGGGAGAACUUUACAAGGUAAUUGAUUCAUCUGAUGUCAUCAUCCAAGUGCUCGACGCACGGGAUCCCAUGGGGACACGCUCCCAGAACAUAGAAACCUAUUUGAAGAAGGAGAAACCCUGGAAACAUCUGAUCUUUGUUCUCAACAAAUGUGAUCUAAUCCCUACCUGGGUCACGAAACGGUGGGUAGCUCUUCUUUCCCAAGAGUACCCCACUUUGGCCUUCCAUGCCAGCCUCACCAACUCUUUUGGGAAGGGAUCCCUUAUCCAGCUGCUCAGGCAGUUUGGCAAGCUCCAUACAGACAAGAAACAGAUAAGUGUGGGAUUCAUUGGAUAUCCUAAUGUGGGAAAGAGCUCAGUCAUCAACACACUGCGGUCUAAGAAGGUCUGCAACGUAGCACCGCUUGCCGGUGAAACCAAGGUAUGGCAGUACAUUACAUUGAUGCGACGCAUCUUUCUCAUCGAUUGCCCAGGUGUUGUCUAUCCUUCAGAAGAUAGUGAAACAGAUAUCGUCUUGAAAGGAGUGGUUCAAGUGGAGAAGAUAAAGAAUCCAGAAGAGCAUAUUGGGGCCGUAUUGGAACGAGCCAAGCCAGAAUACAUCCAGAAGACGUACCGAAUACCUGCUUGGAGCUCUGCCGAAGAUUUCCUUGAGAAGCUGGCCUUUCGCACUGGGAAACUGUUGAAGGGAGGUGAGCCAGACCUCAACACAGUCUCUAAAAUGGUGUUGAAUGAUUGGCAAAGAGGACGUAUCCCCUUCUUUGUGAAACCACCUGGUGUUGAGGGGGAUCAGGAGCACCAGGAGCUGUUGCCUGUUGAAGAGCAGUCAGAAGUACUUGAGAAUGUGCAGGAAGAGCAGGAUGGCAUGUCAGCAGAACAUAAACAGCAGAGAUUGAAGGAACAGGUCCAGAAUAUUUUGACUAAUGUGCGACAGAACUUUGGGAAGAUCAACGUGGCACCCGAGUUCAAUGAGGAAGACUUGGUUCCUGUAGAUAUGCCUGACCUGAAUUUAUCUGAUUUGUCUGACUCCAAUGGUGAGGAAGAUGAAGAGGAGGAGGGAGAUGAUGAAGACAGGACCACUGCUGAAUCAGUUGAUGGAAAAACUCAAGUCUCUGAGGCCACAUCCACUCAGACUGGCACCUCAAACAACAAAAGUUCAUGUGAGGUGAUCCGUGAGCUGGAUACGAAGAUCGCCAAGUACAAGCAGUUCCUGGACCGGGCUAGAUCCAAACGCUUCUCUGCAAUCCGGAUACCAAAGGCACUCUCUGACAAAGUGUUCACAGAUGUCAAGACUAAACAAGCCCUGGCUGCCAAGCAAACACAAAAGAAAGUCCAGAGGAACAAGAAAAGAAAAGCUGAAGACGAAGAUGAUUCCACACAGAUGAAGAGACUCACAUCUAAACAGAGAAGAGCGAUGGACCGUGCUCAGAAGACAAAGAAAGUUGGUGUUCGAUAUUAUGAAACGCACAAUGUGAAGAACAAGAACCGAAAGGCCCAAGUUACCUCUGCACAAGAACCAAAAAGCAAGAGAUCGAGGUCUUAAUAAAACACACGGAAUAAAUGCUCAUGUUAAGAGUGUUUGUUUU